UCUGUUGCUAUUCAAUCUGUCAUUUUAACUUUCCUGUCAAUGUAGUGAAAUUGAUAUUCAUGUCUCAACACGAGUAUAUCCAAUAGUCAAAAUCUCAAUUAUGUCGAUAACUACUAGGAAUGUUUUGUUGGUAUCUACAACAUUAAUAAUCAUUACUGGAGGCUUGAUGGCAUUGCUUGUUGGCUUAGUCUUGCCUGAGGAAUUUCUUCGGGAUAAUUAUGUGCCUAAAGAUCAGAAGUUGAAUUUAAACAGAUAUAUUAGAGCAAGAAACAAAGUGAGAAAAUAUGGGAGCAUCGCAGGUUUCACUUGGUUAGUUUCCGUGAGUAUGCCCCGUUAUCUCGAUGUCAAUGAUAGCUACUGGAUGUUUGCCUGUACUGGAGCAGUCAUUUCUAUCAAUACAGUUCUAACCGGAGAUGACUGUGUCCGAGAUCCCUUCAACAGUAAUGACUUUUAUAGAAGUAUAGUGAGAUCCGAGAGCCGAUAUUUCUUGAAAGGAGGUGUUGAACAUCGCAUUAUAAAAGUUUUCUCUGGAAAAGAUGUUGGGCUGCCAUCUCCAUACGAUGGUCUUUAUAUCCUAGAAGUUGUUCCGGACUUUUCCGAAAAAGUGAAAAUUCUAGCACUUGGUAAUUCAGAAGUGGAAUGGAAGGUCGCAAUCGAAGCAGGUUGGGGUGGAAAUGAGAUUGCGCAUGUCGAUGUUAUGAAAACAGACCCGUUUCAUUUUUCGAAAUGGCAUAGAGAUAAGGAUUACUGUUGUCGCAAUCUCGAGCUCUGUUCCAAUGUCAAUACAACGAUGACGAAACAGUGUUAUAUAACUGCCGUAGUCCAUGGAAGAAAGAAACCAUCAAAGGUGAACGGUAGACCUCUGGUGAUUUCACUACCUUCAGGUACGGGUAAUGACACCCUCUUAGGUAUACAAAUGGACCUUGAAUAUAUGAACGAAAGCACCACUUUCAUCGACUUGCGUUAUGAGGAAUUUGUAGAAUGGGCCACAGAUCCAGAAUCUUAUGAGAAGAUAAUGUAUAGACCAUCAUCGGAAAAGAUGUACCUUUAUAGGCAAGUUGAUUAUCAGUUACAUCGCCAGGGACAGAAACGGGAGAAACGCCAGCUGGGAUAUAGACAAGACAAGGAUGAAUCUAAGGUCAGAAUUGAUCUCGAUAUAUAUCAGCACUAACGUUCUUGUCAAUACUGAAAACAAUACUGUUACUGA